AUGGAGUCUGCCAACUCGUCUGCUCAGACGGUCGAGGGGAGCGUUCAGAAGCACAACUUUAGACCCGAACCUCGGAGUAUAAUGCUUGGUGCCCAAAUCUACGACAUCUCUUCCGUCCAGGAGCGACUCCUUCGUGGAGCUGCAGCGGCCGCCAACGCAUCAGAAACAGUUGAUGGCACUACUGCCAGAAGUACCAGGCUCAAUGUUUUGAAGAAUCAGAUCAUUGAUCUUGACUUGAUCCUGGGGAUUUCUUCUCGCAUUCCCAGCCGAUUGUAA